AUGCCUUCUUUCGUCGAGAACGCCGUUCGCACGGAGAUCCCUGGCCCCGUCUCCAAGGCCAGCUCCAAGCGUCUUGAUGCUAUCUUCGAUGCCCGUGCCGUUCACUUUGUUGUUGACUACGACAAGUCUCACGACAACUACAUCGUCGAUGUUGACGGUAACAAGUACCUCGAUGUCUACGCUCAGAUCGCCUCCAUCCCCGUUGGCUACAACAACAACACCCUCAUCGAGGCUGCCAAGUCCCCCGAGAUGAUCUCCGCUCUCGUCAACCGACCCGCCAUUGGCAACUUCCCCUCCGACCAGUGGGUCGACAUCCUCCGCAAUGGUCUCAUGAAGGUCGCUCCCAAGGGUCUCAGCUACAUUUUCACUGCUCAGUCCGGAUCCGAGGCCAACGAGCUGGCCUACAAGGCUGCCUUCAUGCUCUACAGCCGCCGUAAGCGUGGUGAUGCUGACUGGAACGAGGAGGAGAUCAACUCCUGCAUGGAGAACUCCAAGCCUGGCUCCCCUGAGCUCGCCAUCAUGAGCUUCAAGAACUCUUUCCACGGCCGUGGUUUCGGCUCUCUCUCCACCACCCGAUCAAAGGCCGUCCACAAGCUCGACAUCCCCAGCUUCAACUGGCCCCAAGCUCCUUUCCCUGCUCUCAAGUACCCUCUCAAGGAUCACACCGAGGAGAACGCUGCUGAGGAGAAGCGAUGCCUCGAGGAGGUCGAGCGUAUCAUGACCACAUGGCACUGCCCCGUUGCCGGUCUUAUCGUUGAGCCUAUUCAGUCCGAGGGUGGUGACAACCACGCUUCUCCUUCUUUCUUCCAGGGUCUCCGUGACAUCACUAAGAAGCACAGCUGUGUCCUCAUCGCCGAUGAGGUCCAGACCGGUUUCGGUGCCACCGGUUCCUUCUGGGGCCACGACCACUGGAACCUGAGCUCUCCUCCUGACAUGGUCACCUUCUCCAAGAAGGCCCAGACUGCUGGCUACUUCUUCGGAAACGAGAUGCUUAUCCCUGACAAGGCCUACCGUCAGUUCAACACCUGGAUUGGUGACCCAGCCCGUGUCAUCAUGUGCAAGGCUGUCAUCCAGGAGAUCCUUGACAAGAAGCUGGUUGAGCAGACUGCUCGCGUCGGUGGCAAGCUGUAUGCCGAGCUUGAGAACCUCGCUACUAAGUAUCCCGAGCACAUCCAGAACCUCCGAGGAAAGGACCAAGGUACUUUUAUCGCCUUCGACACCAAGGAUCCCGCUGGCCUCGUCCGCUCUAUGCGCCACAUCGGAGUCAACAUCGGUACCUGCGGCAAGAACACUGUUCGUCUCCGACCCAUGCUCAUCUUCAACGAGGAGCACAUCCCCGCCCUCGUCGGUGCCUUUGACAAGGUUAUUGGUGCUAUGUAA